UUGCUGUACGCAAAGAAAGAGUACUAAGAAAGGAAAUGCAAGUGGGGGUGCAGCAGAGCUGUGGACGCAGAGCCUGCACUUCACUCAGCUGCUGCCACACUCCGUCUGAGACCAGCGCCAAGACCCACCUCCCCAGGAGCUGGAAUGCUUUCGUGAGCAGCCUGGGGUGGAGCCUGGGACACAAAGGGUCCAGGCGGCUAUUCAAGGAGCUGGAAGCCAAGUGCAACAGGUGCUCCGGAGGUCACCAUGAUCAGGCCAGACCCCAGGCCCUCCCCCGGCUUGGCCCGGUGGGCUGAGAGCUAUGAGGCCAAGUGUGAGCGCCGACAGGAGACCCGUCAGAGCCGCUGCUGUCGCCCCAACGUUACCACUUGCCGCCAAGUGGGGAAGACGAUGAGGACCCAGCAGAGAGAGCAGCUCCAGAGAGCUCGGCACCAGCAGUUUUUCCAGAGGAGGAGGCUGGAGGUGGAGGAGAAAGGCCAAGCAUGGCAUCCAGGGACCAGGGGGCAAGCCCUCUCUAGGAGAACACACCAGGCAGCCGCCACAAAGGGGCCCUUGGCUUGUACCAGCAGGAUCUCCUCCCCCGGACAGCAGAUGGGCCAUGUCCAGGCAAGUACUGCUGCCAAGGUGACAGAGACCAGCUUCAGGAUCAUGCCAGGCCAGCGCCUCCCUCCCUCAGUCAUCCAGAGGGACCAGGCUGACCAGUCCUCCCCAAUGGCAAGGGAACUCCCGCCACAGGAUCCUUCCCUUAGGAAACCGCCCAAACAUCACCGUGGCACUCAGACCAAGGUGGAAGAAUCACUCCCAACCCUGAAGAAUGAUGCCAGUCAGCAAACCAAUUACGGAGUGGCAGUUCUAGAUAAGGAAAUCAUCCAGCUUUCCGAAUACCUCAAAGAAGCCCUCCAAAGGGAGCUGAUCCUAAAACAGAAAAUGGUGAUUCUCCAAGACCUGUUGUCCACGCUGAUUCAGGCCUCUGACAGCUCGUGGAAGAACAGGUCAGAGGCAGGGGAAAACCAAGCAGAACAGAAGCCGAAGCCGUCAGACCGGCACCAGGGACAGCUUAAUGAAGACAAAUUGAAGGGCAAAUUGAGAUCCUUAGAAAACCAGCUCUACACCUGUACCCAGAAAUAUUCCCCUUGGGGAAUGAAAAAGGUGCUACUGGAGAUGGAAGAUCAAAAGAACAGCUAUGAGCAGAAGGCCAAGGAGUCACUGCAGAAAAUGCUGGAGGAGAAGAUGAGUGCCGAGCAGCAGCUACAGAGCACGCAGAGGUCCUUGGCCCUGGCCGAGCAGAAGUGUGAGGAGUGGAGGAGCCAGUACGAGGCCCUGAAGGAGGACUGGAGGACCCUAGGGGUCCAGCAUAGAGAGCUGGAGAGCCAAUUCCACGUGCUUCAGUCCAAACUUCAGGGAGCAGACAGCCGGGACUCCCAGAUGAACCAGGCCCUGCGACUUCUGGAGAAUGAACACCAGGAGCUGCAGGUCAAGAUUGAAUGCCUGCAAAGGGACAGAGAGCUGUGCAGUGUGGACACCCAGGACCUGCAGGAUCAGCUAAAGAAGUCAGAGGAGGAGAAACUUGCCCUGGAGACCAGAGUCCAGCAGCUACAGAGUCUGCUGCAGAAUCAGUCCACACAGAUUCAACAACAAGAGAAACUCUUAACAAAAAAAGAUCAGGCUUUGUCUGUGUGGAGUCCAAAGCCUGCCCAUCAAGAAGUGGAGCCCGAGGGUACAGGGAAGGAGAAAGACUGGGAUCUCAGAGACCAGCUGCAAAAGAAGACUUUGCAGCUCCAGGCCAAGGAGAAGGAGUGCAGAGAACUGCAUUCAGAGUUAGACAACCUCAGCGACGAGUACCUCGCCUGCCUGUACAAGCUGCAACACUGCCGAGAAGAGCUGAAACUGAGUCAGCAGCCACCUCCAAGAAGGCAAUGUGGUCCCUGGCUCCCAGUGCUGAUGGUGGUGACUGCUGUAGCACUGGCAGUGUUCCUGGCCAACAAAGAUAACCUGAUUAUCUGAGUAACUUGUGGCAGCUGCCUCUGGUGAAUAUCACAAGUAAGAAACUCAGUGAGACUCAAGUUUGGAUAUUUGACAGCUUGGAUUGUUUUGUUUUUCCUCCAACUGAAUUGCAAUUUCUGACUUAUUUUUUAAAAAAAACUAAUGUAAAUAAAAUUCAAGCUGACCUGACCCUAG